GCUAGAAACAGUUCCAAUGGCGAUGCUGAUCAWAGCGUUAAUAAUAGUUUGUCCUAGUCCUAGGCUACUAUAAAAAUACCUAUUACUAAUUUUGAGAUAUAGCCCAUCACUUUCCACGACUUCAAUCCCUGUCGUGCCAUAGCCUUCACAGUCCCUCCCAAUACCUUCAACAGUCAACCAAUAAAUUCCCUUCUCAUUCCUCCCUUUCCCUUUCCCGGUUGUCGCUAAUCUGUACGGAGACAGCGAGGACGGUCGCUCCGGUCCUGGCGUGCAGGCAGGGUGCGCUUCUAGGCUUCUACCGAUUCUCCACUGCUAUUGGUUGAGGCGGAAAAGGGGCUGGAGCUUUGCGUUCCCCGUCUCUCCUCUCAGAUCCUCUCAUCCAGGAGCGACGCGGAGACAAUAGGACUGGAACUAAAGAAGCCUGCGAAAGGGCUAGCGGUCCGCUGAACAAGGAGCAUUUACCGCUAGACCAGGUGUCAARAGCACAAUAAGGAGAAUUUGAAUGCCGACGGCGAAGAUACAUUUUUACGUCAAACCGUAAAGCUAUGCGCUACUGUCAUCCUCACGAUUUGUUAUUUUUUUUAUCUGGCUUGACUUGGCUGACUUCAGAGCCCUUGUAUGUUGGACGGAUUGAAUGUGACACAAGCCGUUAGCCACCGCUCUUGUCCUGCCCGUGAGUCCGUCCCCUAAACCUGUCCCCCUGUUCUUGUCCGUCCCCUAACCCGGUCCCCAGUAUGAGUUCMUCUCCGCUGGGUUCCCGUGGCAACAUGGACAUUCUGGAGGAGCUGCAGCUGAUCGCAGCACAGAACCUGGAGAGGUUAGAGGUCAACAAGUACUACGAGGUCAUCAGGGAGCUUGGCAAGGGCACUUACGGCAAGGUGGACCUGGUCAUACAUAAGAUCAGAGGCACCAAGAUGGCCCUGAAGUUCCUGAGGAAGAAGACGACCAAGCUGAAGUCGUUCCUGAGGGAGUACAGCAUCUCUCUCUACCUUUCUCCCUGUCCCUUUAUCAUUAACAUGUUUGGGAUCGCCUUCGAGACUGACGACUACUACGUGUUCGCCCAGGAGUAUGCCCUGUCCGGGGACCUCUUCGACAUCAUCCCUCCACAGGUGGGUCUCCCYGAGACGGUUGCUAAGCGCUGUGUGCACCAGGUUGCCAUCGCCCUGGACUACCUUCACUGUAAGAAGUUGGUGCACCGUGACGUCAAGCCUGAGAACAUCCUCAUCUUUGACCGRGAGUGCCGCAAGGUCAAACUGUCCGACUUCGGCAUGACGCGCCGCGCUGGCUCACCAGUCAAACGGGUCAGCGGUACCAUCCCCUACACGGCUCCGGAGCUGUGCGACACMUCUCGCCAUGAGGGCUUCUGCGUGGACUACAGCACGGAUGUGUGGGCCUUUGGCGUCCUCCUCUUCUGCAUGCUGACCGGUAACUUCCCCUGGGAGAAGGCCCUGCCCUCCGACUCCUUCUACCAGGAGUUCACUCGCUGGCAGAGACGCCGCACGGGCACCGUGCCCUCGCAGUGGCGCCGCUUCACCGAGCAGGCCCUCCGCAUGUUCCGCAGGCUCCUCUCGGUGGAGCAGGACCGGCGCUGCUCUGUUAAAGAGGUGUUUGGCUACUUCAGCCACAGCUGGAUGCUMGAUGGAGACAGCAACGGGAACGGAGGAGGGGGCGGAGAGAGAGAGAGGGAGAGAGGAGGAGGAGGAGGGGUGAGGGUGGAGGGAGAUGGGAGCAGUACAUCGUCCUCGUCUGGAGAAGAGGAUGAGGAGAUGCUGGUGGAGAGGAUGAAGCAGCAGACUCUGUCUCCUCUCUCUCCUCCGGUGUCUGUGGAGAGGGGCACUGGGGGGACAAAGGCAGGGAUGACGGAGUCAGGUGGAGGACACCAUUUUGUGUCUGUUUCUACCACCAGCUCUGUGCCCUCGACUAACAGCUAUGACCGCAUGCCCAGAGACAGCAACAGCAACCAGCCCCCCGGACGCAUACUGGUGGCUACGCCUAUAGAGAUCUGUGUCUGAGAUGUGUGACGGGCCUGUGAAGGACUGAGAUACUGUGUACAGUACACAGACGUGCACACAGACACCUAUACUCAUAUACACACACAUAUCCAUACAUUCAAAUCAGUGGAGUCUGCUGAGGGGAGGACGGCUCACAAUAAUGUCUGGAAUGGA